AUGUCGACAGACGAGAAGAUCGCAGGCGGCGCUGCAGAAACUGUCGAUCGAGUAGAUUCCAUUUCCAGAAGCAAAGAUGUCGUCGCCAUCAAGGAAGUCAAGGGCAGUGAAGCCUUCAAUGAGGCUUUGCUCCAAGAACCAGUCCCCUUGACCCAUCCUCGGACUCUGCUAUUGUUUCUUGUUCUCUUGGUCGGCUUUUUCUGCCAAACCAUGAACGGUUACGACAGUAUGCUCCUCGGUGGUCUGUUGAACAACAAAGAAUAUUUCUUGAAGCACUUCAACGGAGAAAACAAGGGUAUCUGGGCUGGUAUCAUCAGUUCUAUGUAUCAAAUUGGUGGUGUCUCUGCUCUGCCAUUUGUUGGACCCUGCGUCGAUAACUGGGGCCGUCGCGUCGGCAUGUUCAUUGGAAGCGUGCUCAUUAUCAUCGGCACCAUCGUUCAAGCUCUUACAUCAACCAAUGCAUCUGAGGGUCAAAUGAUGGGUGGUCGAUUUCUGCUCGGAUUUGGCGUGUCAAUCGCAGCUGCCGCUGGGCCCAUCUGGAUCGUCGAAACCUCGCACCCUAAAUAUCGUGGUAUCAUCACUGGUCUUUGCAACACUACUUGGCUUGCUGGUGCAAUCUUGGCUUCCGGUGCCACCCGUGGCGGGCUCAACAUCCAGGGCAACGCAUCUUGGCUGAUUCCCCUCUGGUUACAAAUUGUUUUCCCUGGCCUCAUCGUCCUCUUCUGUUUCUUCAUUCCCGAAUCACCCAGAUGGCUCUACACUCGUAACAAGCGUGAGCAAGCCCACCAGACUCUCACCAAGUGGCAUGGAUAUGGCAACCCGGACUCUGCCUGGGUCCAACUUCAACUUCGCGAAUACGAGGAAUUCCUUGAGCUUGAUGGAUCUGACAAGCGCUGGUGGGACUACCGUUCAUUAUUUAACAAGAGGUCCAGUGUCAUUCGAGUUGCUGUCGCUUGUUGGUUCUCAGCUUUCUCCCAAUGGUGCGGUAAUGGACCUCUGUCUUACUUCCUGGCUGCUGUGCUCGACACUGCUGGUGUGAAUGAUUCCAUUGGCAAGGCCAACGUAGGGCUCGGCUACACCGUGUUCCAAUUCGCGUUCGCUGUGUUUGGUGCUCAUUUCGUCGAGAAGAUUGGUCGCCGUAAGAUGAUGCUUUGUGGCUUCUUCGGCACAUCUAUCGUCUGGGUUUGCAUGACAGCUGCAGCGGGAACUCUUGCCAACUCUCUAGAGUCUGGCAGUGUCCAGGCUGGUGACGCAGUCUACAGCAACCACGCUGCAAGCAAUGCAGUCUUGGCAUUCAUCUUCAUCUUUGGCGGUGUCUAUUCAUUCAACAUCACUCCUCUACAGAGUCUCUAUCCCGUCGAGGUCAUCUCUUUCGAGAUCCGAGCCAAAGGAAUGGCAUUCCAGUCAGCCUUCGUCAACGCUGCUGGCCUCCUCAAUCAGUUUGCUUGGCCUGUUGCCAUCAAGCAGAUCGAGUGGAAGACUUACAUCAUCUUCGUUGUAUGGACCUUCGUCCAGGGUGUCCUCGCAUACUUCUUCUUCCCCGAGACCAGAAAACGAACUCUCGAGGAACUCGAUCUUAUCUUCGAAGCCAAGAACCCCGUCAAGUUCUCCGUCCAGACUCACCAGCUUGGUAUCACUGAGGAUUCCAGAGUGGUCGCUGUCGACAACGAGAUCAAGGUCUAG